AAGAUUACAUUAAUUCUAGGGUGAGUUUUUCCCUAUAUCCUCAUGCUAAAAUCUACUGUAAAUCCUCAUUUUAAAGCUGAAAAUUUUCUUCCCGUGGGGGCAUGCCCCUGGACCCCGGGUUCGCAUCUUUGUCACCUUUUUCACCCCUGAUGAGUUUGCAGGUCUGAAUCAGAGAUCAGGUACAUCUGUGGAGAAGGCCUUUUAAGAGGGCAGUUCUUCCUUGAUGGGGCUGCUUGCCACUGCUGAUAUUAGUCAGCUAGGCACCCCACUGCUUUUAUUAAUUUCUACUUUCCAGCCCUUUGCUCUUUAUUAUGUAAUACAUACUCUAUUUCUUACAUCUGAUUUCGGGUAUCAGUGUCUUUUUAUGUUAUGGUUGACGACAGGAGGGUUCAUCGAUAACAUAAAAAUUGGGGGCUUGUCUGGUGUUUUUUCUACGUUCUUCAUGCCUCUUUUGCAUUAUUACCGCUUUGUCGUACAUUUGUUUGUCGGGCACCCUGCUACACUGUGUGGGGUUUUCCGGUUGAAGUGUGCCAAUUGCCAAUGUUGCCAAGGACGUUUGACGAGUAAUAACUACAUUUCGAAAUAUGUUUUGACUAGUCAUAACCUCAGUUCAAGAUAUCUACAAUUGUGAUUUAGCUAGUAAUAUCUUAGUUUCUAGAAUCUGAGAUAUGACUAGUCAUAAUUUAAAUGGAGAUAUCUGGAAUUCACGUUUUAGAUAGUCAAAAUUGAAUUGUAGAUAUCUUUAAUUUGAGUUCUAUGGCGAAAUCUUGUCAAAAUGGAAUUAGAGCUAUCAUCAAGUUAGCGUUUUGACUAGUCAUAAAUGAAUUACAGAUAUCUGUAAUGUUAACGUUCUGACUAGUCAUAUAUGAAUUACAGAUAUCUGUAAUGUGAAUCCGGACAUCCUAAUCGAUAUUAAAAGGGUUUACCAUAGUCACAUUUUAAUUAAAUUAAGUUUAAUUAAAGCUGGACAUUUUACUGUGUACAAGGAAUCACAGCGACGCUAGUCAUGUUGCGUGGUGUCUCACUGCUCAAUACGUGUUCAUGUUUUAGCUAUGCUAGAUCUGGGAUCAGAAGUUCUUCACUCACGUAUGAACCUCUAUUUUGGUGUACACGAGAAAAAAAUGGGAUUACUGUGUAUUACGGUCUUCCAAAAUCACCCAGUUCAAAUCGAUUUUGUGAGGAAGUUUGCGGUCUUAUGGGAGGAAGUUAACGUGAAUACUAUGCUAUUACUACUAGGCUAACGUAUUAAAAUAAGUUGCAUGCGAAUUGUAUUAUAUAGUUAUUAUACGUUCGAUGUUUUGUACAAUGCGUUAUAAAUUGAACAUGCCUUAACUGACCACGUUUUGGACGGCCUUAUGUGUAUAAAAUAAUAAACCUUUUUGGCUCCGUCAUGAAUAGCUGUCGAUAGACUUCUCUGAAGCUGGAAUGCGUUGUAAUGUUUGCUGAAGGUAUCGGUGACGGGUACGGCACCAGUCCAACGUGCCACUGUAUCAUACUGUAUUACAAUGUUUGACGCACGUAGGCCUACAUGUUCCAUAUUUUUAUCGUUACACUGAACAGGAUUUCAACAAAGGAAUGGGAGCGAAAAAAAGUCGGCUGUCACCUGUCUUGUGGGGUGGCAAGUAUUGUGCUUGUGUGCAGAGAUGGAGAAGAUUCUCCUGGCCUGACCUUUCAGAAUAUCUUCAAAUGUACAUGCACUUGGAGACAGUGCCAAUAAGGCUCAGACUUCACACUGAGUCACAAUGGACAUCCCCAUCCCCUCUCUGCUCUUGGCUCUUGGCGGGAAGUCCCUGCUGGACUGCACCGUGGUAUUGGUCCAGAGGAAGCACAUGGGCAGGAGCUUCCUGGGCGCCUUCUGUGUGUCGCUUGCAGGGGUGGACAUGCUGCUCCUCCUGUCCGUCUCCGCCAUCUUCCUCCUGGGCGACGUGCGCAUCCUGGGCCUGCGUCUCACCCGACACCACAUCUGCGCGCUAGUGCACGUUGCCUGCCUGGCGUACUCCGUCCUGCACUGGCCCGUCCUCCUGCUGGCCGGCCUGGACCACUGCUGCACCCUGCCCCCCCGGCCCCGGGCCCAGGGCUGGGUCCGCGGGUGCGGCUAUCCCUCAGCCGCCUGCCUGGUCUGGGCCGCGGCCCUCUUCCUGGUCCUCGAGGGCCCGCCCCCGCGCCUCAGCCCCGAGCCGGAGCCUCCCCUCCUGCCGCCGCGGGAGUGCCGGGUGUAUCGCGGCCCCCAGAGUGCGCAGGUGUGCGCUGCUCUCCUGCUGCUGGUAGCUGGAGCACUGCUGUGCCGCUGGGCGAAGCUAGCGCUACGCGGGAACGGCGGGGGGGCCCGCCAGCGGCCUGCCAUUUACCGGAGCCUGGCGAGCUUCCUGGGUGCCUGGCAUGCCUUCGUGGUCCUGCUGGUGGCGCUGUCGCUGCUGAGGGUGGAGGUGCCGGGGUUCCUGGACAUGAACGUGCUCUGGCUGUGUUUCCUCAACAGCUUCCUGAUCGGCGCUGUGUCAGCGUGGCGCCCCCCGGGGUGUCCCCGCGAGGGGGACCCUGAGUUCCCCGCAUUCCCGGACGGCUUCUGUGACUGGAGUUCUCUUGCGGCAAUGCCCCCGGGAGCAGACGCCAUAUAAUUCCCAGACUGCUCAGUACAAUUCCCACUGCAGGCCUGGUAACAAUGGAUAACUAAUUGAACAAAACAGACAUAACCCAAAAUUUCUAUUUAGUACUGUGGAUAAAUUAACUAAAAAACAAUCAUCAGAGUUUUCAACUUAUCCCGCCAAUCUUAGCAGCAAUGACUUUAUUAACUUUUUCGAUCAGAAGAGGCUAUUAGAGACCAGAUUUCCAAACUGUCUCCAUCAUGCACUAUUCCUGUUCAUGUUAAUGAACAGCCCCGCACCUGGUUAGAACAGGAAGAUUUACAGACAGUGGUACUAAACUGUUUUACGCCCAUUAGCAUGGUCGAGUUAUCCAAAUUAGUUAUGUCCUCAAAACCGACGAUCUGUCUACUCAAUCCUAUUCCUUCAAAUUGGAUUAAAGAACUAUUUCCGGUACUACUCCAGCAUAUACUAAAAAUCAUUAACACAUCCUGAUGCAACCCACCUAAGGGUCAGUUAGCAGUAGGUAAAUAUUUUCACGUUAAAGCUAGGUUCGUAAGGAGAGGUUAUGAAUGAUGAGAUGGACACAAU